CGCGCGGCCCCGGGGAUGGCGGCGGCGGCGGCGGCGGCGGCCAUGGCCGACCAGGAGAGCGCCCGGAACAGCGUCAGGAACCGGGGCGGGGUCCAGCGGGUGGAGGGCAAGCUGCGCGCCAGCGUGGAGAAGGGCGAUUACUACGAAGCGCACCAGAUGUACCGGACGCUCUUCUUCAGGUACAUGUCACAAGGCAAACACAUUGAAGCAAGGGAACUAAUGUACUCGGGAGCGUUGUUGUUCUUCAGUCAUGGUCAACAAAACAGUGCUGCCGAUCUGUCGAUGCUGGUUUUAGAAUCCUUGGAGAAAUCUGAUGCGAAAGUAACAGAUGAGCUAUUGGAAAAUUUGGCUAAAGUGUUUAGUUUGAUGGAUCCAAACUCUCCAGAAAGGGUGGCUUUUGUCUCCAGAGCACUGAAAUGGUCCAGUGGUGGAUCAGGGAAACUGGGCCAUCCGAAACUACAUCAGUUAUUGGCUAUCACAUUGUGGAAAGAACAAAACUAUUGUGAAUCUCGGUAUCACUUCCUGCACUCCUCAGACGGAGAGGGGUGUGCUAAUAUGUUAGUAGAAUAUUCUGCCUCUCGGGGAUACCGCAGUGAGGUGGACUUGUUUGUAGCACAGGCCGUCUUACAGUUUCUCUGCUUGAAAAAUAAAAGCAGCGCCUCCAUGGUGUUCACAACAUACACACAGAAACAUCCCUCGAUAGAAAAGGGGCCUCCUUUUGUACAGCCGUUGCUAAAUUUCAUCUGGUUUCUGCUCUUGGCCGUGGACGGGGGAAAGCUAACUGUGUUUACAGUACUGUGUGAACAGUACCAACCCUCCCUGAAGCGGGAUCCCAUGUACAACGAGUACCUAGAUAGAAUAGGACAGCUCUUCUUUGGCGUCCCACCUAAGCAGACAUCAUCCUACGGAGGUUUAUUAGGGAAUCUUUUGAACAGUCUAAUGGGCUCUGGGGAGGAAGAUGAUGUGGAAGAUGGUCAAGAAGAUAGCAGUCCCAUUGAACUCGAUUGACAACUUUUGUUUCACUAGGAACUGCUGCAUGAAUCAGACAACUCUAACUCAAAAAAGACAAUUUCAGAAUCUGAGCCCUGCAGUUUUGGGUCUUCACAGCCAGAAGGGCUUCUCAUUCUGUUAACAGAAGGUGGCUGAGAUGUUUAUAAUGUUUGGUCUCUGUUAUUUAUGUUGAAAAGGUAGCCAAAAGAACUGAUUUGGAGUGAUGGCUCGCAGCCUCUCAGUGUGCUGGCUGGUGACUUUUGAUUGAGUUGUAGUCUCUUAUGGUUUCACUUGCAGUAUUCCUUUUUUCCAACUAAUACAAAGUGAAGCACAGGUAUUACUGUUACUUGACCCUUUCGAAAUAAUCUUAUUUCCGUUUCUGGGGGCAGGGGAGCACUAUCUGGCCUUCUGCUGCCAUAAAGGAAUGUUCGAAGGGGCCCGGGAAAAUAGUUUUUUUUCUGGCUUGGCCUGUGAGCCCAGUGCCAAAUGCAUUGUGAGGCUUGCCAAGAAAAGGUGCCGCGUGCCCCCUCCGCCCCCCGACCCCAGAAAAACCCGAGUCCAGCUUAGGCCGUCCAAGCCGGGCGUUUGCCUCACCUGGCUGCAAACUAAACUGGAGUUUUUGCAGCGGAGAUGAACCUGUAGCGUGAGCUCCUUUCAAACUGAAUUUUCCCCUUCGAACGUGUGGGCUUGAGUUAGGUGUGUUAGGCUUUUAGGAAAACAGAUCCGUUUGGGAUGUCGGUGGCUGGAAGCAAGCUGAGGUGUCCCUAUCCCUUCUCCCAAUCCCAGCCCUGCCCUCUGUGUCGAUUAUUUUUUUUUUGUGGUUUUGUUUUUUUUUAAUCCUUUAUAUCUGUUCCCCGGUGGACUCUGACAGUGUUUGUUAGGGAGAUGUGAGUGUGGUUGGCCCAUGUGGACUGAAACCAACAUCUGCCCCAACCUUUUUUUCCUGUAAGCCUCACCUAAGGAAAAGGGAUACUGCAAACCUCUUAAUUCCUUUCAUAUUGCAAUAUUUAUUUUUUAUGGGGUGCUUGAUUUCUUUAACUUAACGAAAUUAACUGCAGACCCGGGAAUUGUUCAAUCUUUGGCUUUGUCACCUUAUAAUGCAGUAAGCCAGAUGUUACCAAUAUGAUUUUUAAAAAUGGGGGAAACAUUUUAUUUUUUCACAGGUAAAAUAAGAAAAACAAACCUUAGAUUAAUACACAGUGAUCAUGCAUGGGGGAAGAAAUACAAUUUUAUUUACUGUAAAAAAAAAAAUUUAAAGGAAGGUUUUGUGUUAAUUGUUGAGUUUAAAUAAAUACUUUAUACUGGGUUCUGCAGCCCUGUUGCUUUUUGAAGUAACUUGGAGAUCUCAUGGCCGGGCUCUUCUUCUUCUUCCCAUCUUGAAAACACUAAACAACCGGUAGACAGCCCCGUCUCCCUUUUCAAUCAAUCGUACGCUUGGCUUUAAGCAAAAGGCUCGGUUCCCUUACUCAAAAUUAAGCUGCGAAAUGAAAUAGCCCGAGUGUCUGGCAACACAGAUCCAAAAGUAGCAUGUAUACUAGACCAGUCAUUUGCGCUUGAAAAUUGUGAAAAAUGUGAACGUUCAGUAUGCUGACUUGUCGGGACAUGUAAACACUCUAACAGUUAAUACAUCCACCCGUGACCAUGGGAAAAUAGAGGUACCAGAUAUUGGACUGGUUAGAAAUUCCCAGACUGAGCUACGGAACAUUUUUAGGCUGUGGGAUUAUUAACUGUUGCUUAAAAUGAGCAGUAAAAGGGAAGGGGAGAUAGGUGAAAGUGUUUUUCAGUGGGCCUCAGCUCUUCUGGGGAAGGACGACACCACUUGCAAGUGGUUGGAUUAGCAACCGGAGAGCAUUUUCUUUUUUCCGUUCAUUCUAACGAAACCUCACAGACUGCAGGGUACAAGCGUUCACGGCGCAGAGUGGUGUGGCGGAAUGGCUCUUCACAGAGCAAAUGGUUGUGUAACUUGUGUCAUUACUGUAGCGUCUUUCCGCAUGUGCAGUAAUACUUUCAAUAAAAUCCUUUCCGGUAGAA